UCUUCAAAAGUAAUUAAUCAAUCAAAACUCCUAACCGACGUGCUUUACAUUUAUCAGCAAGACACGGACGUACUUCCUUUAUCAAAAGUCGACGCAAAGACUUUCGAAAAAGUGAUCGAAUACUGUGAGCAUCAUGAAGAUGAGGAAUGGGAUUCCGAGCUUUUUAUAGUCGAUCAGAAAACUUUAAUCGAUUUGGUUUUGGUAAGUUG